CAGUAUGAAAUAGAACAGCUAUACAUCAUAAAGUUUUUUCUUUAAAUAUAUUUUUGGAAUUUAUCUGACGCAUCAUUCCAUCAUCCCAGCUUCAAUACUUUUCUUUAUUAAAUUAUUACAGCGUAUCACAGCAGUUUUAAUGCUGACAAGUACCAAAUGCUGAGUCAGCGGAACUUGUAACAGUCAUUGGUGUAUUAAUUUUCAUACCUCAAUCAUGGUAACUAAUAUUGUUUCUAUAAGAUUAUGAUGUCUCCUUUAGAAGUCUUAUUGAGUAUUGUUUUUCCUUUGCAAAUAAUCUUUCAUUUUGCAUUAUAAACGCCUGGAAUAAUAUGCAAAAGAAAGAGUGAUAUUUUCAAUAGAGAAACUAAUGUGGGACUAGCCUGCACUUUGUGAUGAAUCAUAUGGGGGGACCCAGUGAGGCAGCAAGACAAGCAGCAUCCUACACUAGAAGUCCUCUUUUCCAUCUUGAGGGUAAAGGAAGAUUUUCUGAGAAAUCCAAGAUUUCUUUUUCAGGUUUAAAAGAGUUGGCCUGAACUUUGUAGAGAACAAUGAUGAUGUCUUUGAACUCAUUGAAUUGUUCAACGUGUACAUUGACUCGUAUGAGCAGCCACCAUAGUAAUAACAAAACAAGGAAAAGUCCAAUUCUGGCCACACCACCUUCAUUCAUUAUCUCACAAACUGAAGAAAGCAGCAAUUUUGCCCACUCAGUGGAGAAUUCUCCUUUAGAUACGGCUUCAAAGGGUCCUGAUUCUGCUGUGCUGCUAACCCAAGAAAAUGCAGUAGGGAUCAUUGGGGGGCUAUCCACUGGAACCACUCUCAAUUUUGUGAGGAAACUUGUCACAUGGAGUUCCAAAGAUGGAGGGAAUGGCCUUCCCUUUGUUCUUUGUUCUGAUCCAGUUCUUAACAAAGAGCUUUCGUUCCACGAAAGGGGACCGAGUUCUUUGCUCGCUGGUAAAAAUGAAAACUUACAGAAGGAUCAUGCUUCAACUGUUGAAAAUCUAAGGCACAAAAGGAUCUUUCUUGAGAAAUCCGGAGCUCGAUGCAUUGUCAUGCCUUGUCACAUAUCAAAUUCUUGGCAUGAUGAGGUUGCAAAAGGUUCUUCAGUUCCUGUCCUUCAUAUGGGCGAGUGUGUGGCCAAGGAGCUCAAAGAAUUGAGUUUGCGACCACUAGAAGCUGGGAGUACUCUGCGAAUUGGAGUUCUAGCUUCUGAUGCAACUUUGAGUGCUGGAGUUUAUCAGGAGAAGCUUCAAAAUGAGGGUUUUGAAGUUGUGCUGCCAGAUAAGGCAACGAUGGAACACACCGUAAUCCCUGCAGUUGAAGCCUUAAACAGGAAGGACAUUGAAGGGGCACAGAAUUUGUUAAGAAUCGCGCUACAAGUUCUUCUAGUGAGGGCAGUUAACACUAUCAUAAUUGCCUCGGAUGACAUGCGUGAUCUGUUACCUCCAGAUGAUCCUCUUCUAAAGAAAUGUGUCGACCCAAUGGAUGCCUUGGCUAGGUCGACUGUGGAAUUUGCAAAAUCAGUUGAAAGGAAUGCAUAAAGACACCAAAAACAUAUCUAUAUAGAGAUGCAACUGCAAGUAUAGUGUGUAGUGAUCAAAUCAUGGUAGCAUUUGUAAUUCUUUAGUAAUUUGGUUUAUCUAUUCUGAUUAGUGAAAAUAAUACAUUCACUUCACAA